AUGUCUUUUGAGAACCACACUACUCGCACCACUGGCAACCCCCAGGACUUCCAUCAACAAGUCGAGGGUGACUUGUCCAGCUACGCCGGAUCUCAGAGCUCGAACUAUGGCUCUACCAAUGUGCCCGGAAACACCACGAUUGGGCACCCGCCUGGCUCAGUCACCUCCGGUGUAGGAGAGGACUACAGCAACGCGGGCCAGUUGUACGGUGAGGGCGUGCGUGCUCAACAGCAGCACACUCGCACCGAGGACUGGGAUGCAUCUAGGGCCGGAGCUGAAGGCGGCUUGAACCCCAGCCAGCGCCAGGGCGACUUGCAGCCAGACAAUAAUCCCCCGACGCAGGAGGGUGUGUCCGUUACUGACAGGGUCAUGGGCAAUGCCCAAAAACUAGCUGGACAUGCCACGUUCAACCCGGGUCUCCGGGAGCGCGGUGAGCAGCGGAAGACCGGUCAAAUCUAA